GUCGCCACAUUCUAUAUAAUAUAAAAAUUAUAUAAUAAAAUAUUCAUAAUACUUGUAGAAACAUAAUAAAAAAAUAUAUUUUCAAAAAGGUGAAAUUGUAGUGCUGUCUAAUGAAUUGCGUCAUGUUUCUAAAUUAUAACAAGUAUUUUAAUCUAAUUGCAUAAAGUUAUUAAUUGAUGAAAUACAAUUAUCAGACACCAGCUUGCACACAUGCAUAUUUAAAAGGGCUUCAGAAAGCUUUAUUGCAUUUUGUGUGCUCUCACGUGCUUACACCUAUAUAUCUGUAGUUAGCAAAUGUAGUAAUAAAGUUUAGUCAGUUGACUUUUUUCACCAUUUGUGGCAGUGCGAAUCUUUUAUACAAAUAGUUUCGCGCCAGACGCUGAUCGUGUCAGACAUACAACUCGUACUGUAAAAAUAAAAUUCGUGAAAUUUUGUGACGAAAUAUAUGUAAAAGACUAUUCGUGAGCGAAUCGAGAGAAAAAAAACAUGUCAACAGCUGAUGCAAAUGUAAACAAUAAGAUCGAACCGAACACGGUUAAAUCUGCAACAGAAUCAACCACUACUAAUGUUAGUCAAAUUCCCGACUGGCUUAAGGCUGAUUUAUUUGUAAAACUGCUCGAGCAAAAUGUUUCCGAUUUCAAACAGAUAAAAAGUUUCACCAUCAAGCCAACACAAGAGGCGGGGGAUAAUUAUAGCACGAUUAUGACCUCAGUGCAAUUGGAAGUUGAAUUGAAAACUGGAAAUACGAAGCUGGUGUCUUAUAUGUUAAAAUUGCCAAUAGAAUAUGUGCAGAAAUUAUUGAAGGGUACCAACGUAUUCGAUGUAGAGAGCAACAUGUAUCGUGUUGUCAUACCAGAGCUGGAAAAGCUCUAUAGCGAUGCUGGUGUUGAAGUGAAAUUCGGUCCAAAAUAUUAUGAACUCGAAACACCAUCCGAAUUUGGUGUUAUCCUUAUGGAAGAUUUGCGGUUGCGUGGCUGUAAAAAUGUUAAACGCUUGGAGGGCUUCGACAAAGAACACACCGAAAGGGCAUUGAAAAAGUUGGCGCAAUGGCAUGCCGGAACCGCUGCACGCGUAGCGCUCAAAGGUGAAUAUCCAAAAGUUGUAAGCACUGGCAUAUUCACCGAAGAAUUGAUAAUAAUGAUGAGAGAUAUGAAUGAGCAAUCCGCAAAAUUAUUCAACGAGUGUGUUCGCACUUAUAACGGACACGAAGUGUACGUAGAUGCUAUGGAAAAAUGUCAAAAAAAACUAUUUGAAGAAUUUGUGUCCAUAUUGAACGGCGAUCCAAAUGAGUUUAAUGUACUAAAUCAUGGCGAUUUCUGGGCAAACAAUAUAAUGUUUCAAUAUGAUGCUGUCGGCAAGUUCAAGGAAACAUAUUUCGUCGAUUUUCAGUGUUGCCGAUAUGGCUCACCGGUGCAUGAUCUCUAUAAUUUGCUUAUAUCCUCAACGAGCUUGGAAAUCAAGCUGAAACAUUUUGAUUACUUCGUGAAGUAUUAUCAUGAUAAUCUAGUUGAAUACUUGAAGCUGCUGAAAUAUCCAAAUAAGCUGCCCACAUUGAAGGAUAUUCACAUAGCGCUUUAUAAACAUGGUGUUUUUGCUUUAUCUGCUGCUCAUGGUCAUAUGGCGGUUGUGCUUCUCGAACCAACCCCUGAAGCUACUCUUGAGAACUUACUGGGAGCUACUCCAGAAAGUGUGGACUUCAAAAAGCGAAUGUAUACGAGCAAACGAUAUCGAGAACACGCCGAAGUUGUCUUGCCAUGGCUCUAUUAUCGCGGUGCUUUUGAGUAAAAAUCGAAUAGUAUUAAGCUGCAAAUAUAUUAUACAAAUAUUUACAAUGUCACUUAUUUAGAUACACACCUAUUUAAUCAGUAUAUUUGUAAUUACUGUUUAAAUAUAUUUUCUAUACAGCGUGUAUGGCAAGUUGCAAUUUAUUUCACAACAAGCAAUUAGAGUGUUGAAGAGCUUUUGACUUAAUAAAAUAUUGUAUUUUGUUAUGCAUUGCGAGUAGUGAGUGACAGAAUAAAUUGUGUUAGAAUUGAG